AUGACCAACGUCGAUCCUCUUCCCACCGAGAAACCUUCCUCUGUUCAGCCUGGCAGCAUGUAUCCCGGACAUGCGCCUUAUCAACGGUUCCACUAUCCUGCUCCGGGCUACAAUAACAUCGGCAGCCAAGGCAAAUACGCAACACACUAUGGAGGCACUCAGCUGGCUGAUGCUCUCACAGGCCUCAGUGUCUCUGGGCAAAGUCAUAUGGCUCCGGCUCCGGCUCCGGCUCCAGGUGUCAGGCCAGGUCAGAGCAACAUGGACAUCAACAGCCUCGCUCGUGCUCACGCAUACGGCAAUAACCCUCUCAUGGUCCUUCCAAGUGGUCAAACUAUUCCUCUUCAGUCGAUCUAUGGCCAUGGUGCCACCUCUGCGGCCGAUCAACCUUCCCAGCUGCAGUAUGUCCCGACUGGCAUGUUCCCCAACUUCGUCUCCAAUACGAACAUGAUCGCCCCCUCUAUGCCUGCCUAUGGCUGGCCAUACGGUCUGCAGAACGAUGUUCCCAGUCUAGACGCUAACCGUCGCGGCUCUUGGUCUUCACAUGACGAGAAUGCGCCCGCCACACCUGGAAUGACUGUAAACGCUGCCCAAGAAUACUAUGCCAAUACUGCAAGCCUAGACCGUGGAUCUACUGUCAGCUUUCCAUAUGCAACUCCAUCUCCACCCUCCAUCGUUCAGCCAUAUGUCGCCGGGCCUAUGCAACCAAUGAAAUGUGCUGACAACAAGAAUUACGAAUCGGUCAACCUCGACAUCUUGACGCAGCAGCCACCUGCCAUUCCUCGAGCAGUUCCCGCGCUUUGGACCAAUCAGGAAGACCUGAGCCUUGCCAAAUGUCUUCAAAAUCCCGAAGGCAUCACCAACAUCUACAUCCGUGGGUUUUUGCCAGAUGUUACGGACCAAGAUGUCCAUGACUACGCUGCUCGGUUUGGAGAUAUCGAAUCGUGCAAGGCCAUUGUUGACAUGGACACUGGAAAGUGCAAGGGGUAUUUGACCCCAAUCGUGUUCCUGGCAGCAUUGACCUUUGCCAGGUUCGGUUUCGUCAAGUACUACUCCCCAGCAAGUGCGGAGAACUGCAUCCGCGGGUUCUUCCAUUUGGGCUACCAGGCCAGUUAUGCACAGAAGUCCCGCAACUCUCGCUUGAAGGAUCUUGAAGAUCGAUCGUCUGCCAAUAUCUACUGCACUGGCGUUCCAAUCAAAUGGAAUGAGGCUGACCUGGCGCACCACUUCAAACCUUAUCAUGCUAUCUCGACAAAGAUCUGCCGCGAGCCCGACACCGGCAUAUGCAAGGAGGUUGGCUUUGCUCGUUUCGAGAACCGCGAUGUUGCCGAACAGGUGAUCAAAGACUUUCACAACGUCACCAACGAGGUUGAUGGCGUCAAGCUCUGUCUACGCUUUGCCGACACUAAAGCACAGAAGCAGUUGAAGCAGACCAGUCAGGAGAAGCGCAACUGGAGAGCUCACGAAUACAAAUACUCUGUCGAGCAUACUCCGUCGCCUGAUAUGCCACGGUUCUCACAGGUCAACGGCAUUAGCCCAGCAUCUCACCUCACUUACCAAUCUCCGGCUGGAGGAAGCACAACAUUUACUCCUGCAACGUCCGUCUCCCCACCUGAAUUGGCGGGGUCCAACAAGGUCAUGGGCAACGUCAAGUCAACUGCUUGGCCGAUCCAAGGCGGACUUGCAUCCAUUAAUAGCACGCCGAUCUACCACCCUCCACAUCGCAUUAAUACGGCACGUAAUGCAUUUACCGAUCAUCUGCCCAUCAAGACGAACAUGCAGGUCGUGCAACCAGUCGAACCCACCAACAAGUCGAAAACUCCCAGCCCACAGAAGCCCACCGGCAAUGUCGAGAACAUCUCUCCGGCUCGUACGCAGAAUGAGAAUCCUGUGGUCAUGGCCUAG